CCCAAAGGUCAGGGUUGAUGAGAUGAAAAAUAUUGAAAACAACCCAGAUUAAACCCAAAACAAAUCAUCUGUUAAGGAAGCUUAUUGAGUCGAACGUUUAGUGAUUAUUACUUAUGUCUGGUGAAACAUAUUUUUUUGGACAACAGAUGAUACCGAACUAGAAAUAUUCAACUUCAAGACGUAAAAAAGAAGCCGAAGAUGUCACAGAGUUCAGCCAACACCGGCCUGCCACAGCCCAACAUCAGUGUCCCUCCAACCCAGUUGCUUGGUGGUCCUCAGUCGGGAAACCCCCCUUUUAAUGGCUACGCAGAACUACCUUCUCAACAUGGAAACAUGAAUCAGUCUCAUCCAUCUCGGUCUUCUGGAAGCUCAUUUUCUGUGCUAUCAAACCACACUGGAAUGACGCAUAGCAAUGUGUUUGUCCAAGCCCUUCCAAAUGGCAAUGGUUUGUCCCCUAGUAUGUCGUUGACUGAUAUAUCACUGGAACAAGCUAUGGAGAAAGUUCAUGAGCUUGCACAUGAGAAUGCUACUCUCAGAGACUAUGUAAAAGAAAACAACGAAAACAUGAAGAAACAAUUCUCUAUGCUGCUACAGUGGAAGGGAAAGGUCCGUGAGAGUAACCAGCAGAAUCUACAGAGAUUUGAGGCCCUGCAGCGGCAAAUCUUGCAGCUCGGAGCGGAAAAUGAGAAAUACAAGCAGUGUUUGCAGGGGCCUGAGAAACAGAAUUCAGUCAUGGAGGAACUCCAUCGUCAUGUAAGAAACCUUGAAGAGGAUAAGGCAUCAACAGAACACAAGAUUGCCGCGCUUCGAGAGAAGAUUGAAGAGCUUACCAACCAGCUCGACAAAGCCGGGACUGAAGAAACGGUGCUAGUUAACACAGCUGUGGACGAGGGGGAGAUUGAGACGUACAAGAAACGCUGUAACGAGCUCUCCCAUCAGGUGUACAACUUUCACGAGCAGAAUGAACAGUUGAUGGCUGACCUUCAGCAAGUGAAUGCACACAAGGUUCAAAUCCAAAUGGAAAACAAUCGCUUGUAUGAAGACAAUCUUGCUCUUCAGAAGAAAAUGCAAUCCUUCCUCGGCGACAUGAAUAAGACAAAAUUCUCCCUCGGUGCCCUGCAGGACCCUAGUAACACACAGUAUCAAUACGGAAAAGACAGCGGAGAAAAGGAGUCGCCAGAAAAAGAGCAAACAGGCUCAGUUCCAGAAAAAUCAGAUAUGGAAAUUUUGGCUCUUCAGGCCGCAGCGAUGGGAGAUAGAGUAUUGUCGGCGGAAAAUGCGGCCGAGCAGACGGAAAUGCUUCGAUCUCAGCUGCAAGAAGAAAAGUCAAAGACCACAAAACAGAGCCAGACUCUAACUAGUAGAGAGCUUGAGAUUAACCGUCUACAAGGCAAGCUAGGUGAACAGGAACAGUUGAUAGGCCAUUAUAAGGAACAACUGGACAGCCAGAUAGCCAACCUGACACUGGAGCAUCAGCGACAACAAGAUAAUCUCGUUCAACAGUUAGAUCACUUUAAGUCACAACAACAUGGUGGAGAUGUCCAAAGCCUGAAGGCGCAGGUGAUGUCGUUAAUACAAGAAAUACAGGAAACAUCUGCCAAAUUUGAUAUGGCCUCAAAAACCAUUGAUGUCAAGUCUAAUAGAAUCAUGGAGUUAGAGGAGCAUAUUCGAUGCCGCGAGGAACAGAACGCUCAGUCCCAGCGAGAUAUGAACAACUAUGUUCAUACGCUGAAAUCUUCCUUACAAGUCUCCGAGGAAACAAUCAACAAGGAGAGAAUGGAACAUGCCACCACUAAAAAACAACUAAUGGAGUUCCGAGCCUCGUUCAACCAGUUAGUGAGUGACUAUAAGGAUCUGCUGGACACAUUUGAUGAGUACAAGGCAUCAGUAACGCAACAACAAGAACAGAGUGGGCCGAAAACUCGCCAGCAGCUUGAAGAGAUCAAUCGCCUUACAGCUCAGACGAUAGCUGCUGAGGAGGCCAUUACAUUCCGAGACGACCAGAUAAAGGAAUUAAAAUCAGAAAUUGCUCGUCUCAAAGAUGACGUGGAUAAUACCAUACCAGUACUGCGAGCUCAGCUGGAGGUUUAUCAACAGGACUUUGAAGCUGAACGUAACGCCAGGGAACGGCAAGUUGAAGAGAAAGAAAACAUUAUCGCAGAAAUGAAAAAUCUGGAGGUUAAAAACCAACAGUUAUUGGAUGAGGUAGAAAGUAACUCACGGAGGACUCUUGCUGAUAUGCAGCGACGGCAUGCCAGCCCCUCCUACCAUCAGCAGCUGCAGAACCAACUACAGGGUGGUUCCAAUGUUCAGCACCGUGCACCAUCCCCGGGCAGUAACCACCAACAACAGCCAAUCAGAUCCGGGCAUCAACUACAAGGGGGUUACCAAGGGCAACAGGUGGACCGUAGUCAUGGUGAUGACCUUCAACAGAACACUAACUUUGUACCAGUGAAUCCCCCUCAGUUCCCUGGUCGGCCUGGCUCAGCGGGCAGUGGCGGUGGUCAAGACGAAGAGGGCAACCAGACCUGUCCCAAGUGUGGAGUUUACUGUCCCGAUAUGGACACACUUCAGAUACAUGUCCUAGACUGUAUUGAUAAUUGAUACACCUAUACUGAACUAUAUAGACAAUAUUUGAUAUGGUUAUAUGAUACAGAAUAAAUGGACUGUGUUCAAAUAUAUUAAUUUAUCUAUUGACAACUGAUAAGCAGUUUUCAAGCACUCAAAUGACAUUAAAUUUAACACUAAUUUGUAAUUAUGUCUCCCCCUCUCUGGGGGAGACAUAUUGUUUUUGCCCUGUCCGGUAGUCCGUCCGUACGUCACACUUCGUUUCCGAUCGAUAACUGGAAAACCGCAUGACCUAGGAUCACCAAACUUGGUAGGGAGGUUGGUCGUGAGGUGUAGAGGAUCCCUAUUGUUUUUGGGGUCACUAGGUCAAAGGUCAAGGUCGCGGCGACCCCCAAUAUAAAAAAUAUUUCUGCUCAAAAUCUUGAGAACGGUUUGACCUAGGUUCACCAAACUUGGUAGGGAGGUUGGUCAUGAGGUGUAGAAGAUCCCUAUUGUUUUUGGGGUCACUAGGUCAAAGGUCAAGGUCGCGGCGACCCCCAAUGUAAAAAACAUUUCCGCUCAAAAUCUUGAGAACGGUUUGACCUAGGUUCACCAAACUUGGUAGGGAGGUUGGUCAUGAGGUGUAGAAGAUCCCUAUUGUUUUUGGGGUCACUAGGUCAAAGGUCAAGGUCGCGGCGACCCCCAAUGUAAAAAACAUUUCCGCUCAAUAUCUUGAGAAUGGUUUGACCUAGGUUCACCAAACUUGGUGGGGAGGUUGAUCAUGAGGUUUAGAAAACUCCUAUAUUUUGGGGGGUCACAAGGUCAAAGGUCAACGUCGCUGUGACCUCUAAUGUAAAAAAAUAUUUCCGUGCAAUAUCAGGAGAAUGCUUUGAUCUAGGUUCACCAAACUUUGAAGUGAGGUUGGUCAUGAUGUCUAGUUGAUUUUGCGAUCAGUUGGUCAAAGGUCAAGGUCACUGACCUUGAGGUGAAGAACCGGUUUCUGCUCAAUAACUCAAGAACGUUUACACCCAGGAACUUCAUACUAGGUAUGCCAGUUAGUCAUGACUAGUUGAUGGCCCCUAUUGAUUUUGGGAUCAGAAGGUCAAAGAUGAAGGUCACAAUACUGUGAGGUAAAAAAUGGUUUCCGCUCAAUAACUAAAGAAUGCUUCCACCCAGGAACUUAAUACCUGGUAUGCCAGUUGAUCAUGACUAGUAGAUGACCCGUAUUGAUUUUCAGGUCAGUAGGUCAAAGGUGAAGGUGACCUUGAGGUAAAAUAACAGUUUCCGCUGAUUUACUAAACACAACUUCGGCCCAGGAACUUCAUACUUGGUUUGCUAGUUGGUCUUGAUUAUAAGAUGACCACUAUUGAUUUUGAGGUCAGUAGGUCAAGGUCAAUUUCUUUGUCACCAGUACGUACGUCACACUUCUUUUGGCUCAAUAACUUAUGAAAGCUUGGACCCAGGAACUUCAUACUUGGACCCAGGAACUUCAUACUUUGUAUGCAGGUUGGUCAUGACCAGUAGAUGACCCCUAUGUUUGUUCGUCUCCAGUCCAAAAGUACAAAUUUCAUGUCCAUCAUUGAUUAUUUCUCACCUACGACCACACAAUGGGGGAGACAUGCGCUUUUUCAAAAAAGCAAUCUCUAGUUAAUGUUUAUGAUCUUGCUGUUUUUGGAAACAGGCCACAAUGUUUCAAACAUUCUUUGAAACCUUAAAAUUACAGGAUCAAAAACCAAUAUUGUUUUAGUAUAAUUUGUGUAUUAUUCUCAUGUUAAAGACUUUCAAUGGAAAUGAUCUUUUUAAUAAUCGUGAUAAACUAUGGUUUGUAAAUUUAAAUAAACAUUCAAAUUUGUGUAAGUAAAUUGAUCAGAUUUUAAAAAGAGACUUAAACUUGUUACUCUUAAGAUUUUUUGAGAUAUUGGGGCCAGUUCUAUAUAUGUUUAUAUAUUAAUAUACUUAAAAAUCAAUUAUAGCUGUGAGUGAACGGUGCUAAAACUAUAUUGCUUUACUAUUCAAAUUUAAUUAAGGUACUAGAAAUCUCAAUAGUUUAUUAUCACAUGGGUAACUGUUUCGUAAUUGUGUAUCGUUAUGUUGUUAUGAAUACAUUGUUGUUUUAUACAAAUUAAUUGAUGUGGAUGUUUUGUUAUGAUGUUUUUUGAAAAUCGUGCAUUUUGAGCUAGUCUGUUGGUAUUUUUUUUAGAAAUCAAAAGUGUCAGUGUCAACAUUAAAAAACUAAACCUUGGCCAUGACUCAAAAUGUUUAAAGAUGUUCAACUGAAACUUGGUACAUACGUUGCUAGAGGCAAUAUGCAUAUGUUACAGCAAGGCCAUUAACUCUGGACUUAAGCACUGUAAAAUUAUGCCCCUUACUAAAUUCCAAGUAUUUUUUUACACUAGGUUAUGUGCUUUAUUCUGCGUGCAAGUGAAACGUUUUUUUGUAACUUAAUACAUGUAGUUUUAUUUUCUGUGGAAUUCAUAAUGCUAAGUCAGUCAUAAUCUAAAGAUUUCAUAUUGAAAAUGUUGGAGUAGAUUGAAAUAUUUUUUGAGAUGAUACACUAAUUUUGCCAGUACUUUAUUAAGCCAAUAUAUAUAUAUAUAAUUAUGCAUGUAUCUUGUAUUUGGCAAGUCUUAAACAACUUUACUGUUGUACUGCUUGCGAAUGUUAAAACACUUUUGUUUUCUGAAUUGGCAUCUAUAUUUUUUAUUUAUCACUUUAUUUAGUAACACGUAUCAAUGAUUAUGUGAUAUUUUAAAGGCAAUGAAAAUAAAUGUAU